AUGCCCAAUAUCUUUAAAAACACUGAUGGGACAAAUAUGGAGUUUUUUUUGACGCAUACAAUCGCAGAAAGAGUGUCAUUAAGGAAUAGCAUUGAAGAAUAUGGGGGAAAAACAAGUAUAAUAAAUGAUAAUAAGAAUAAAGAUCUUAUUAUUCUCGGAGAUCCUUUGAAAGAUUAUAAAACUCCAGAUAUUGUUUCAUAUUAUUUUAUAUUAGAUUCCAUUAAUCUCGGGAAACUUCUUAAUAUCAAAGAAUAUUAUGUUAAUUUAUCAAGUGAAAUGAGAAUGAAUAAUCUAAAAAAAAAAAGAUACAAAAAUUUCUCUAAAAAUGAAGAUAUUUUAAUUGAUAUUAUGCGUUAUUUACAAAUUUUUAAGAAUGGUAUAGAAAUACAUGACGAAAUAUCGAAAAAGUAUGAAAAACAUUUGUUUUAUACUUUAGAUGAUUAUCAAUUCGUAUUUGAGCCGAAAUUUGAGCCUAUUUUAUUAGCUAAAUUAGAUUUUAAUAAUAAUUUUACAUUAUCUAAAUAUAUAGAACAAAGUUUUUUAAAAAAUGAUUGCAUUUUAAUAGAUUUUCCGAAAAAUUUAAAUUUGCUUUAUAAAGAUGAACUAGUUUACAAAAAAUUAGAUAAUUUGUAUUUACAUCAAAAUUAUAUCUCAUUGAGAAAUCCACAUGCAAAUAUUCUAUUAUCGUUAUUUGACACUGGUUAUAACUUUAAUUAUAAUUUAAAAAAUGAAAAUAUUUUAAAUAAUAUAUCUUUUAGAAAAUCAAAAAACUAUAUUUAUGAUAUCAGCAAAGAAUCUUUUAAAUCUAUCAAUAAAUUGUCAUUUUUUAUGUCUAAUCCUUUAAUUCAAAAAUCUGAUGGUUAUAACACUAUCUAUAACUUUGGAGAUAGAAUAAAAAAAUCUUAUGAAAUACUUCAAAUACAAAUUUAUAAAGCUAAUGAAGUAAUCUUAAAUAACAAUGAAUCGGUUCCAAAAUAUGAUUUCAGUAGAGACGACCUAAAAAAAAAUAAUUCUUCUGAUACUGAUAUUCAUUAUAUUUUAAAAAAUAUUUCAAAAAUUAAAUGUUAUGAUUCUUUAGACAAUUCAUUGUUUUUUCCUGAUACAUUAGUUAAUAAAAGGACUAAUUCUCCAGAAAUUUAUGUAUCUUCAAAGAGACGAAAAUUAUUAAGAGGAUUUACAUGCAACAAUUCUAAAAACGAUGACUUAAUACUAAAUAGAAAUAUAACCUUACAUGAAAUUAAACAAAAGGAUUUAAACAUUCGGCAGUCAAAAGAUUUAAAAGAAAUAAAUAAACAAGGAUAUUUAGUCCCUGUAAAUACGGAUAAAAUUCAAAAUGCAUCUACUACUAUGAUAACUUCUAAUGCAUAUUCUCAAAGCCAAAUUAAUAAUUAUUUACAAAUGCCGGUUCCUCUUUUAUCUUUAAAAAAGUCUGUUUUAAAUUUAAAUAAAGAAAAUGAUGCAAAAACAUCAGUAUCUUCUAAUGUCAUCUCUGAUGGUAAUUUGUCUAUUCAUAAUCAAAAAAUAUCUCAAAUUUCAAAAUUUAAUAGUCAAGAAUCUUUGCCUAAUUCACCUAUUUUAAGUAAUAAUAUCAAUCAAACAGAAUUUCAAAAGGAUUUAGACUCGAAUAAUCAAAAUGUUAAUUUUUAUGGUAGAAAUUUAAAUGACCAUAAUCCAAUAUCAAUAGAAACGACCUACGUAUUAAGAAAAACAGUUGAUUGGUAUUUAAGGAAUAUGAAAAAAUAUAACAUAACUCAACAAGAUGUUACCCUUGCAUUAUAUAGAACUUCUGGUAUUAAAAAAUUGGCUAUUAUAGUUAUGGAUGCUAUGAGUAAAAAUUUGCCUUUACCUAAUAUUAAAGGUAUUUGGACAGAAGAAGAUGAUAUAAUCGUAUAUUGUGGUAAUUCAAAAGAGCUUAAACAACUUAAUAAAAAGCAUGGCGGUAAACUUCAUAAUAGAAUUAGAUUUCUUCAAGAUUAUUUAAAGUAA